AUGAUGACGAAAGGGGUUUCGGGACUAGCUGGAUUAGCUAAUCACCCGCCCGGAUCUCAAACUCCUCACUUUGGGAAUUCAAACCGCUGUCGAGUGCAACGAACAUCAUCCGCCAACGACCGUCGAUACGCCGACAUCAAGAUGGUCAACCUUCGCACCCAGAAGCGCCUCGCCGCCUCCGUGGUGGGCUGCGGCAAGCGCAAGAUUUGGCUCGAUCCCAAUGAGAUGAGCGAAAUCUCCAACGCCAACUCCCGCCAGACCGUCCGCAAGCUCGUCAAGGAUGGCCUCAUCAUCCGCAAGCCCGUGACCAUGCACUCCCGCUCCCGUGCCCGCGAGCUCAACCUGGCCCGCCGGAUCGGUCGUCACCGCGGUCUGGGUAAGCGUAAGGGUACCAAGGAGGCUCGUCAGCCCAGCUCCCUUCUCUGGAUGCGCCGCAUGCGUGUUCUCCGUCGUCUCCUCGUCCGCUACCGUGCCGCUGGCAAGAUCGACAAGCACCUCUACCACGAGCUCUACCACCUGUCCAAGGGUAACACCUUCAAGCACAAGCGUGGUCUGAUUGAACACAUUCAAAAGGCCAAGGCUGAGAGACACCGUGAGCGUGUCCUCAAGGAAGAGAUGGACGCUAAGCGUGCCAAGAACAAGGCUCUCCGUGAGCGACGACACGAGCGUCAAGAGGCCAAGCGCAACGCUCUUGUUGGCGAUGCUCAGGAGUAA